AUAAAGGGCUUGUUUCCCGGUUGAAAGAGCAGUAGGGAAUUUUCUGCUGCACACUGGUCAUGAGCUCUGUCCUCCUGCUGGCCCUCCUGGGGGUCACCUUCACGCUGCCAGGAGUGCAGGCCCUGCUCUGCCAGUCGCUGACACAAACGUCUGUGUACAACGUGUCGGACCUGCCCCACCAGUGGACAGUCGCUGAACAGAAAGAAUGUGACCGCGGCUGGGGUUGCCAAGACACGCUGAUGCUCAUUGAGAAUGGACCACAGGUGUUGGUGGUGAUCAGCAAGGGCUGCACUCAGGAGGAGGACCACGAGGUUCACGUCACUGAGCACCAGACAGGCCCUAGCCUCUCUGUCAUCUCCUACACCCACGUGUGCUGCCAGAAGGACCUCUGCAAUGACCUCUCCAACAGCUUGCCGCUCUGGGCCCCGCCCCUCCAAACAGCCCCAGGGUCCUUGCGGUGCCCAGUCUGCUUUUCUACAGACAGCUGUGUGGGGGCUGGGACAGAGGUCUGUCCUCAGGGGAGCACACACUGCUACAAUGGAGUCCUCCGGCUCAUAGGAGGGGACAUCUUCACCAAAGUGUACGCCCAGGGAUGCAUGGCCCAACCAAGCUGCAACCUGCUCAAUGGGACCCAGGACAUUGGGCCCACAGAACUGAGGGAGAGCUGCGAUCUGAAAGCAAAAGAAAACGUCCCGGGCCUCCCCCUGGGGGCCAUCGCUGGCAUCGUGACCGGGGUCCUGGCCGGGGUGGCUCUGGUGGCCACCCUGGGGUGUGUCCUGUUCCUCAGAAGGACUGCAAGGGCCAGUGGCCAGCGUGACCUCAAGGAGCGGCAGCCCCCCCAGUCCACCAGUGGCCCUGCUCUCUGGGACAGCAGCACCCCCGUGGCCCCCCGACCUGGCCCCAGGGCAGCCGGCUCCAACUAUGAGGAAUUGCUACACCCUGACACAAACAUGUACUGCCGGAUCGACCACAGAGCAGAUGUAGCGUCUUAGCUUCCUCCAGAAACUGCUCCUUUUGGCUGAGGAAGGGUCCCCUAAGCCCCCAACUCUGUGGAGGGGGCAGGACAUGGAGCCUGAGCCAGAGAAUCAAGAGUCCUGGGCAGACUCUGGGUCCUGCGGCUGCGGAUAGGGAUCCCUCCUGGAACCUGCCUUCAUGGAGCAAGAGCAGCAAGGAGCUCAUCCAGGCUGCAGCUGGGGAGGGAAGACGUGGGGGGCAGUGAGUCAGGGAGAAUAGGCUCGGGUUGACCUUGGGGGCUGGACGGGAGCAGAGGUGGAAUUAUGUGUGUCUGUCCCCAUCAUGGAGACCUGGACUGUAAUUAUAUUGGACCCACCUGCUUGCUGGUUAAACCACAAUACUCUCCCAAUCUCCUGAUCUUUCAUUUAAUCUGUAAAAUCUUUUCUUUCUUUCUUUUUUUUUGUUUUACCAUGUGACAAAUUCAUAGAUUCUGGGGAUGAAGAUGUGCACAUCAUUGAGAGGACUGUCCCUUGUCCACCACACUUCGUAAGGCCAUCUUCACUCUUUGCUCAUUGCUCAUUACUCAUUGCUCUUUGCUCAUUGCUCAUUGCUCAUCAGAGCACAGGGGCAGCCUGGACUUGGUCAUCUGACUAUGGUGCAUUUUCUGCAAUAAUGUUUACAGCCCCCUCCAGGUCCUGAGAGAGGGAGACAGAGGCCAUUGAAUGUUCCCCAUUACCUCUCCACCUUCUCUUUGAUAAUAAUGAUCAGUUUUUUUAAAUGAAAAGAUUUUUUAAAUGAAAAGAUUUAAACGAAAAGAUUGU